AUGUCAAUAAAGCACCCAACCUCCUUUCACUUCCCCAGCCCUCCAAGAAACCCUCCCCCUGCACCCGAGCCCAGCCCUUGGCUCUGGCGCUGCCACAAAUGCUAUACCUGGUACCGUCUCGCCACCACCCGUCGCUGCCUCGAGUGCGACCACAGCUUCUGUCGAAGCGCCCAGGAAUCCUCUCUUAGGCGCAAACGCGGGCGCACCUGCACGUCCAAUUUCGACUACAUCGGCUGGGCAGCGCGCGGGGCGUGGAAGAGGACGGCCCUGCUCAACGCUGGGAAGAAUGAUCGCAGAGAGGAAAGACAGAAAGACGAGGAGAAGACAGCAGAAGCAGCAGCAGCAGCAGAAGAAGAAGAAGAAGAAGAAGAAGAAGGUGGCAUCCUCCUCCGAGGCAGACGCUGGGUCACAUCCACCUCCCUGGCCCGCACCUGGGGCGACGAGUACCGCGCCCUGGAUUACGGCAUCGAGUCGCUGAGCAGGCGGUUCGCGGAAAAGAAGGAGGCGCUGUUUGUGCGGAAGCGGCAUGACUGCUGGCUGCACUGCGAUUCUCCGGGGGAGUGUAGAAGUGUUCUCGAUGGGGCGACAAUGGACGCCAGGCCAGUUCUGGAGAGGGCGUUGGCUAUGGACGAGGAGUAUCUGAGGCAGAGAGCGAAUAGCAGGAGGAGGGCGGCGGCGGCGGCGGCGGCAGCGGCAGCGGAAGAAAUGGAGAAGAAGCACAGGAUGGGGCCGUUUGGGACUCGGAACGUGAGGGGUGGCUCAUCUACGGUGGACGAGAGGCACCGUCUGCCUGUGUGUAGGCUUGGAGGGACCACUGGGUCGUUUAUGUCGGACGGAAUGUCUGAUGAGGAUGAGAGCAGCGUUUCGGACUCGGGAUCUGACUACAGCGAGGAAGAGGAGGACAGCGAAGAGGAAGAAGACAGCAACCACAUCCCACCCAUCGCAAGCACUGUGGAUUCCGACAAGGACGUCUCUUUCGCAAGACCUGAUUUCGAAGGCCUGGACCUCGAAGGCGACUACUCUUACGAGACCUUCAAAGACCUCCUCUCCUCAUCACGGUCCAAGAAAAAUCCUUCGUCAUCAACACUCACAACAUUAAUCAUCCCAGAUAGCCUCGAACCUCCUCCUCCUCCUCCUCCACUAUCUUACAGUACGAGCGACACCUCCCUCGUAUCCCCCAUCUCCCCUUACAAACCCUCCUCCACCACCAUCACCGACCCGAUUCCCAUCCCAGGCUCCGCCGAACCACCCGUCAGCGGUAUCGAAGGGGCCCAAGACGACGAAGACGAAGAUAGCAUCGACAGCUUGCUCUCAGAGCUCCUCACUGGCGCCGCUCGACAGCGCAGAUACCAUGCUAUGCGAGCUCAGUGGACACCGAAAGCCGUGGCUGAGCCGAGGACAGCAUGUCGCAAGGAGGAGGAGGAGGAUUUGUCGCCCGUGCUGCUGCAAAGCUUCACUUCAUUCGAGUCCUUCCGGGGUUCUCUAGGCGAUGACGACGGCAAUGACGAGGAGCAGCUGCGGCUCGAGCACGUAGAAGACCCCGACCCCUUAGCUGCCACCGCUGCUAUGGCGAUGGCGGCCACCGAGGCCGAGGCGGAUCAUCAGCUGCGCCAGGCGUAUAGCGAGCAGGACUGGUUCCCUGCAGUUCCUUCCGUCACCAGCCUCGAGGACGUCGGGGUUGGUAAUAAAGGAGUGGACAAAGAGGAUGCAGAAGGAACCUUCCCCCACUCCCACAAGCAACCUCACCGACCCGAGGAGGACUGGGAAAUGGACGCUCUCUCCGACUCCUCCAGCACGUCCGCGUCGACGAGUGCAUCCUGCAUCAGCAGCAGCUCCGCUGCGGACGACGAGAUUCCGUUCGGCCUGGACAUGGACGGCGACAGCCUCAUAUUCGACGGCCCACCAAACGCGUCAACACCAUCGUAUACUUGUAAGAACCUCAUGUGCGGAGCCGUCGAAGCCAAAGAAGGUGCGGGUGAGGACGAAACAUUGCGCCCGUCUCCUGUAUCACCAUCGGUGUCACGAGAGGAGCAGCAAGCUCUCACUGCCCUGCUGAGAAUGAACAAUUCUUUUAUGAGGGGAGAAUUUUGA